ACUGAUCAGUUCGUUCUGAGAUCACGAGAUGGUAGGAUUCGUUCAUUUGCGAUCGCUCGGCCAUGAAACUCAUCGCGUCGCACAAAUCACGUAUCGUACGAUAAAGGUGAACAUUUUCCAUCUGUUUCCCUUGAUGGCGAGAUAGAAUAAAAGGAUUCCCCUGAAGUCGAGAACGGCGGUUUUGUGACUCGGUGAAAGGCGCUGGGAAUGAAAUAGAACGAGGUAGAAUUUGUAGAAAGUCGGAUGUGCGAGAGUUGAGAGUACGCGAGCGAACGCCAUUCAAGAAAGUGACGUGGGUGGGAGAGGGGAGCGGAUCAAAGUGCGGCACAGCUGUUCCGUGAAAAGAAAGAGGAGGAAGAGGAGUAAGAAAAGGAUCGCGUCGAAUAUAUACGUCAACGUGACGAACGAACGAACGAACGAACGAACGAUCGGACGAACGGACGGACGAACUGGACAUCGUCGCGGUCGGGGUCUCUGGGGACUCGACCGGUAGUAUAUGGAAGUUGAACAAGUGCAUUAUCGAAGAUGCUUGUUGCUUGACGCACCUUGACGCAUACUAUAGUGCAGUAGCAAAGGUUACACGAGAAAGUGAAGGUCGCAUAACGAGACAUCGCACUUUGCGAACGAGAACUAUCGUGCGUGGGAAUUCUUCAAAACUCUUCCUGCGCGAUCGAAUCGAGUGCGUCGACGAGGCGAGAACACAUAGCCAUAUAGGUUCGGUUGAGCUAAUAUAAACGGUCUGGUUUUUAAAAUUCGCCCAUUCGUUAGAAUCCCGUUAGUGUCACUCGCAACUUCGUCGUAUACGGGUAUUGCUUUUUUCUUCCCUUCGUUUCACUGAUUGGAAAUCAUUGAUUCGAGAUAGAUAUUUAAUAAAAGUUUUGGUAAGAGAAAAGAAAGAUAAGAAAGAGGAGAGUAGUGCUAUUCUUUCGCAAAAGAGACCGAGUGAAAGCUAGGAGACGACUCUUUGGAUCUUGAAGGCACGACUUGAAAGAAAAAAAUGUGGCAUCCCAAAAGCACCCAGAUGGAAGAACGUGUUACAGAGGACGAUAAGGAGCACGGGCGGCGAAAGUACAAUAACAACGACGACGACGACAACGACAACGACGACGACGACGACGACAACGUCGUCGGCGGUUGUAAGUACGAAGACGAAGCGGGCAACAUCGAUUCCGGAUUCCUAUCGGGCGGCAACCUGCAGUUCAGCGGCGAGAUUAGCGGCGAUUCGGGGUUGCUGCACUCGCAGGAAGAGUGGGAGGAGGGGGAGGGAGAGAGGCAGGAGAAACAGGUCACGGCGACGACAACGGCAUCAUCAUCAUCGAUAACGACGGCGGCAAUCGCCAUUGAGGAAUCAAUGAAGGCGAUCGAUAGUGGCGUAGACCUCGACCUCACCGAAACCCUGAACCAGCUCAGCCUGAAGCAGGUCAACCUAAACCCGCUUGCUGCCAAGGGCAAACUGAUCCAGACUGAGUUGUCGACCCCCAAAUUAUUGCCUGUGACGCAGGAUAACAAGGAUGACACCAAGUUCGAGCAGCAUCACCAGCAGACCAGCGAUGAAGAACAUACAAACGAGGAACCCUGGCAGCUGUAUUACAUGCAAGAUGAUGACGGUGACACGCAACUGCACAUCGCGAUCGUGCAGGGCUUCAUGGAAGCUGCGUUUUGUUUAAUAAGGAUGGCCCCUGAUCCGUGUCUAUUGGACACUAUGAACUACGAUUGGCAAUCACCCUUGCAUCUGGCUGUAUUAACACAUCAGCCGUUGAUCAUCAGGCGAUUGAUUUUAGCAGGCGCAGAUCUAUCCCUAAGGAAUUUUCAUGGAAACACAGCCCUUCAUCUGGCAUGCAAAAACGGAGAUCUUGCUUGCGCUAAGGCCCUCACGGAUCCAUUAUCCUCGAUCGAAAGGAACAAAUUGAUAUCUGGACAAAUGAUACCCGCCUUACCUCAGAAUUUGGAGCAACGUAAUUAUCGCGGUGAGAUGUGCCUGCACGUGGCUGCCACCAAUGGAUACGUGGAUCUGGUACGACUUUUGUUGCGUUUAGGGGCUGAUCUCAAGGCGAAGGAGGGUCUGGCGGGAUACACGGCACUUCAUCUCGCAGUGGAACAUCAGUACUGGUCGUUGUUCGAUUUUCUGUUACUGGAAUGCCAACGAGCAUCGUGUCUGAAUGAUCGAACAUAUGGCGGUAGAACGGCCUAUCAAUUGAGCUUGAAUGUUAACACUGAGUUCACUAAGAAAGCACGCAAAGAGCUAAUGCGAUAUGGCGCAAUGCGGGAACCAUUACCGGAAGAAUCAGAUUCCGAAAACAGCGAAGACGAAGAAAUGACAUCGUGGAUGACGGAUUACUUGCCCGCCAUUGUUAAGACGCAAAAUGCAAUCGGAGUGACAGUCUAAAGUAUCCAUCGAUAUUUAAUUUAUCGAUUAAUUUGGGCGCUAGAUAAUUACCAAACAAAAAGAAAGAUAUCGCGUGCAUAUGCACGGAAAAUGUAUCUCGAAUCACAUUAACGUCUUUUAAUCUAUCGAAUUGAUACAAUCGAUGAUGUGAGUAAAAUUUGCCAGACGAGAAAAAGAUUAAAAUUAUGUCUCAUUUUCUAUAUGUAUAUGUUUGAUAAGUAUAUUUUGAGCUUUAAUUGUGCAUUAGGAAAUUAUUUUGAUUAAAAUUUAAAUGAAUAAUUAUUACCUAAAAAGAACAAUUAGAUUUAUUAAAUUAAAUAAAAAUCAUAUUUCGCGUGGUUAACGCGUGGCUUAAAUUUGAUACGUUGGACGAUGUGUUAAUAUUAAAUGCAUUAAGGCAAGUAAUUAAAAUAAAAGUAUUACAAUUUAUUAAAAAAAUAAAAAUUAUUUAUAAAUUUUGACACAUUCGAUAUAUAAUGCACGAAUAAACGUCAGUGUCUAGCUUUGAAGCUCCUGUCAUCUUAAUCUGCCGGUUGGAUUAAGAUCUACAGUAAAAAAAAAUGAAAAGAUUAGCAGUUAAGUAGAUAAGAAAUAGAAUUUCUCAAAAUUAGCUUCAAUGUGUAUUAUAUCUAAUGUGCGAUCAGAGAUGCAUCUUUUAGGUCGACAAGUAUUACUAUUGUAAUACAAUUCUAGACUGUUUAUACCUUUUUCGAAUCGAUAUCGGCAGCAAAUGAGGAAUGAAUGAUGAACGAUUAAUAGAGACGCGUAGAAAUCGAAGAUCUCAGAAAGGAACUUAUAUUAACGAAGCAUUUAAUUAC